AUGGAUGCAGCAGCAAACAGCAGCAGCAAACAGCAGCAGCAGCAGCAGCAGCAGCAGCAGCAGCAGCAGCAAACAACAGCUAGUUUUGCUGUGGGGAUUAUUAUAAGAAGACCUCCGUUGCAGCAGCAGCUGCAGCAGCAGCAGCAGCAGCAGCAGCAGCAGCAGCAUCGCUUUGCCGCCCUGCAGCAGCAGCACCAGCUGCAGCAUCGACACCAGCAGCAGCAGCAGCACAGCCACCAGCAGCAUCAGCAACAUCAGCAGCAACACCAGGAGGAACGCCAGCAGCUCCCACAACAGCAGCGUCAGCAGCAGCAGCAACAGCAGGAGCAGCAGCAGCAGCAGCAGCAGCAGCAGCAGGUAGCUGGAGCAAGACCUGCAGCUUUCUUCAAAGACAGGGGUUUGCGUGUUGUCUUUGGAGUGUAUGCUGGGACAUACUUUACUGCUAAUGCUGCAGCAACUCUCUGCAACAGCGCAGCAGCAGCAAAAGACGCAGCAGCAGCAAAAGACGCAGCAGCAGCAGAAGAUGCAGCAGCAGCAAAAGACGCAACAGCAGCAGGCGACGAAGCAGCAGCAGGCGAAGAUGCAACAGCAGCAGGCGACGCUGCAUCAGCGGGAUAUGCAGCAGCAGAAGACGCAGCAGCAGCAGCAGCAGCAGAAGCAGCAGGAGCAGCAGAAGAUGCACGAGCAUCAGGGGACUCAGGAUCAGCAGCAUCAGCAUCAGCAUCAGCAGCAAGAGCAGCACUUCCUCAGCUUGCAUGCACAGCUGUUUGUAAUAUAUUGUUAGGGCUUCGGAAAGAUAUUAUCUUUACGCGGCUCUACGCUGUCUGCGAUCCUUUUGCUGCUGCUAAAGUCUUCCCAGCCCUUUCUGUUGCUCUCUUCUUGGCCAGAGACACUCUAACUGUUGCUUCAGCAUUUACAUUUCCGCCCUUCAUUGCUGCUUCAGUCGCUGCACUUGCAAAGCAGCAGCAGGAACUGCAGCAGCAGCAGGAACUGCAGCAGCAGCUACAGCAGCAACAUGAACAACAGCAACAACAACAACAACAUCAACAGGAGCAGCAGGAAGAGCAGCAGCAGGAACAGCAGCAGCAGCAGCAGCAGCAGGAGGCGAAGACACUGCAGCAGCAGCAGCAACAGCAGCAGCAGCAUCAUCAGCAACAGCAGCAGCAGUAA